ACAUCUAAGUUUCUCUCUCUCUCUCUCUCUCUCUCUUUAAAUCACUUUCCCCUAAUUGGUGGCUUUUAAUGGCUGUGAGAUCAGUUCAGACCUAACAUUCCCCUCCCAUAAGCUGAAUAAGAAACAAACCAACACACAAGAAUAUCUCUAAGCUGUCAGAUUUCUGUAAUUGUUCGCAUGUUCAUGAGUUAUGAUUGAGUGAAGAAUGGCGAGAGAGAAGAUCAAGAUCAAGAAGAUUGAUAACGUGACGGCCAGGCAAGUCACCUUCUCUAAGAGGAGAAGAGGUGUCUUCAAGAAAGCUGAAGAGCUUUCUGUUCUCUGUGAUGCCGAGGUUGCUCUCAUCAUUUUCUCAGCCACUGGCAAGCUCUUUGAGUACUGCAGCUCCUCCAGCAUGAAGGACACGAUUUCAAGGUAUAAUCUGCAUUCUCAUAACAUUGGAAAACUUGACCAACCAUCGCUUGAUCUGCAGCUGGAAAACAGCAACCACAUCAGAUUGAGCAAGGAAGUUGCUGAAAAGAGCCGCCAACUCAGACAAAUGAGAGGAGAAGAUCUUCGAGGAUUGAAUAUAGAGGAUUUACAGCAACUUGAAAAAUUACUUGAAUCAGGACUCGGCCGGGUUCUUGAAACAAAGAGGGAGAAGAUUAUGAAUGAAAUUUCUUCGCUUGAGAGGAAGGGAGCGCGGCUGAUGGAGGAGAAUAGACUACUAAAACAGAAGGUGGCCACCUUGUAUAACGGAAAAAGGCUUGCCCUAGCUGAUUCAGAAAUCGCAAUCCAGGAAGAAGGGAUGUCAUCAGAAUCUGCAACUAACGUUUGCAGCUUUAGCGGUGGCCCUCCUGUGGAGGAUGACAUUUCUGAUACUUCUCUCAGAUUAGGGCUUCCGUUCUCCAGCUGAAUUGGUGAAGACGAAGCGGAUUCUCGCAAUGAAUAAAACCAGACCUGUUUUCAUUUUAAGAAGUUGUAGUGUUCUAUACGGGAGAUGUGUUUGCCUAUGACAGGUCCAGGAGAAUUAAUCCUUUUCUUUUAAUUAAUAUCUACGAUUGGCCUACUCAAGAAGACUGGAGAAAGGUACUUUAACCGUGUUGUAAAACUUCAAUAAAGAAGUUGUGUUAAAAGGUUACUUUGUUUACACCAUAAUUUUCAGUUCAUGGGCAUAUCGAAGUUUUCCUUUUUUCAA